AUGGCGAUGAGGAAAGCUAUAGAGAUUGUAGACACUUAUGGUAAUCUUUCUUCAUGGGGAAGCAGCAAAGGCAAGGAUAAUUGCUGCCAAUGGAGGUUUGUUGGGUGCGACCUCAACACUGGUCAUGUUACCCAUCUUCAUCUUUCAUCUCUUAAUUAUCUUGACGAAUAUGAUGGAUAUGAUGAAUCCUUAGCUUCCAAUAUCAGUUCUUCUUUGCUUCUCCUAAGGAAUCUAAGGUACCUCGAUCUCAGUCAUAAUCAACUUAGUUCUAUUCCGAGUUUCUUUGGUUCCCUGGCAAACUUAGUUCACCUUGAUCUUUCUGGCUCAUAUAUUCAAGGAGCAAUUCCUGAUGAGCUUGGGAAUCUCUCCAAGCUCACUUAUCUAGAUCUCAGCCAUAAUGUUUUUGAUCAAGGCCCUAUUCCUAAGUUCAUUGCUUCCUUGACCAGCUUAACUUACCUUGACCUUUCAGCCAAUCAAUUUUCAGGACCUAUACCCCGUCAGCUUGGUAAUCUUUCUAAAUUGCAUCAUCUUGAUCUCUCCAGUAAUUAUCAUCUAGAAACUGCUAGUAUUGAUUGGUUGUUUCAUCUAUCUUCAUUGAAAUAUCUUGACUUGAGUUAUAUAUUUAUUCGUAUUGUCAAUUUCAGUCACUGGGUAAGCUUAAUAUACAAGCUGCCUUCUCUGUCAGUUCUCCAUCUCAAUCAUUGUAAUCUUAGAAUAGGAGCUCAAUCUUCUUCCUUCGCCAAUUCAUCUGCACCGAUUUCUGUCCUUCACCUUAAUGGAAAUCAACUAGAUUCAUCCAUCUUUGAUUGGAUAUCCAACUUGAAUGCUAGUAUUGUGGAUCUUGAUCUUGGUGACAACAAGUUACAAGAUCUCUCCUAUAAUCAACUUGAAGGUAUGGUGCCAAACUCUUUCCAUAAUCUGUCUAGUUUACAAACUGCAGAUUUUACCCACAACAAUCUCACUGGAAAUCUUCAAGAUCUUUUGUACCUGUUGCCUGAGGCUACUUUACAGACACUGUUGAUAUCUGAAAACCAACUUACUGGUACACUGUCUGAUAUCACAGCAUUCUCAUUCCUCGAAAAAUUGAUUGUCGACUCCAAUCAGUUAAAUGGAUAUCUACCAAAAGAAUUCAAACAUAAAUCUAUUUUGAGAGCCUUGUCUUUGUCGAAUAAUCACCUCCAAGGUUCUUUACCUAAUUUUACAGGAUUUUCAUUCUUAGAGGAUUUAUAUCUUAAUGAUAAUAAAUUUUCUGGGAGUCUUCCUGAUAUUAAUGGAUGUUCGGCAUUGAAAUCCUUGGAUCUUAGUGGGAAUCAAUUGUCUGGCUGGGAAACUCAGUCAAUUGGACGACUCACUAAUCUUUAUAAUCUAGAUCUUUCAAGGAAUUCGAUCAAAAGUACACUCAAUGAACAUCAUUUGUCCAAACUAAACAAUUUGCAGUUGAUGAAUGCAUCAUUUAAUUCUUUGACAUUCAAUAUAAGUUCUGAGUGGCUUCCCCCUUUCAACCUUGCUCAGCUUUCUUUGGCAUCAUGCAGGUUGGGGCCAAAAUUCCCCAUUUGGAUACGAAAUCAAACUGAAAUCAGUACUCUUGAUUUCUCAAACACCCAAAUUUCAGAUACCAUACCCAUGUGGUUCUGGGACAACUUUACCAAAAUUUGGACUUUAGAUCUCUCUUCCAACAAAAUCAGUGGCACGUUGUCCUCCAUACCAUUACAUAUUGAUGCGAUAAAUUUGAGUUCUAAUUACUUUGAAGGACCGUUACCGCUCAUUUCACCGCUAUGUUCGGAAAUAAAUCUCUCUCAUAAUAAUUUUUCAGGAAAACUAGUAUUAUCUAAAGCCGAAGUUUUCAGUUUGAGUUUGAGGUUUCUUGAUCUUUCUCAUAAUUUAUUGUUUGGCGAGAUUCCGGAUAGUUGGAAAUACUUUAAAGAUCUCAUAUUUCUUAAUCUAGGAAAUAACAACUUUUCGGGUAGAAUUCCUAUGUCCAUAGGGUAUCUAGAUUCUCUCAACAAAUUGAUUUUGCGAAAUAAUAGGUUGGAUGGAGAAUUGCCUGAGUCUUUAAGAAAUUGCACCAACCUUGGUUUUGUCGAUUUUGGUUUGAACGGCCUAUCUGGAACUGUGCCGGCAUGGAUUGGGCAAGAUCUACCGCAGUUGUAUGGUCUAGUUUUGAAAUCCAACAAAUUUUAUGGGAGCCUGCCUGAUGAUCUGUGUCAUCUCUCAGAUCUUCAUUUUCUAGACCUGUCCAUGAACAGACUUUCAGGAAAUGUCCCUCAAUGCUUCAGCAGUCUGAUUGCUAUGACUAAUCAUAGAACUAAAACAACAGAUCAUCACAAAGCAUCUCUAUAUCGUAGAAAAUGUUCAGAAAUAACCUAUUGUACGAGCAAUAUUGAUGAUGGUGUUUCAUUUCUGGAUGAAGCAUUGGCAGGUUGGAAAGGAAAGGAACGAGAAUACAGGGGAAAUUUCCCUUACCUUAAGAUGAUAGAUCUUUCCAGCAACAAAUUUACUGGAGGAUUUCCUGCUGGAAUAACAAGGCUUGUCGAUCUCAAAGGAUUGAACCUCUCGAGGAAUCAGUUUGAUGGAAAAGUUCCGGUACAAAUUGGUAGACUACUUCAAUUGGAAGUUCUUGAUCUGUCUGGUAACAAAUUUUCAGGUGAUAUCCCUCGAAAUAUGUCUGAUUUAACCUUUCUUGCUUAUUUAGAUCUCUCGACCAAUAACUUAUCUGGAAGAAUCCCAUUAGAAGUUCAACUCCAGACAUUCAAUUCUUCAAUGUAUGAGGGGAAUCCUGGACUCUGUGGCUUGCCACUCACAAAAAGAUGUCCUGGAGAUAAAACAAGUGUCAAAGUCCCCCCACCAUCUACUGGAAAUGAAGUUGAUGAAGACGAGAUUUUAUAUGAGAGAUGGUUAUAUAUAAGUGCAGCUCUUGGUUUCAGCACUAGUUUUUGGGGAAUAUGUGUAACUCUACUUGUUAACAGGCGCUGGAGACAUGCAUAUUUCCUGUUCUUGACGAACUUAAAGGAUCAGUUUUAUGUGUUCAUGGUAGUGCGCAUUGCCAGAUUGAAGGUCACCCAGCAAGAGGAAAGGCCAUGUUUCAGCCUGGAGUUUAUCUGUCGAGUUUGAUUCAUCAAUCUCGUUAUUGCAGUUAGUAGAGUACAAAUAUUGGCAAGAUAUUGCCAUUUGGUUGUGAUCUUAGAGAUGGCUUCUGCAUCUCAUUCAUUGGAUUGGAGUGAAACAUGAAGAAUAAGUCUGCAUAGGAUUUUAUUUAGAUAUUAACGCAGUAAUCUGUGAGUGUGUUUGGGACAAGUACUGCACUGUGUUAUUCAUCAGCUAAAAGCGAUUGUGAUUUGUGCAUAUAUUGUGCCUGUUUUGGCAACCCCAUAAAAAAGCACCUAUUUUUCAAAACAA